UUAACGCAAACGAGGAGACUACACAUCCCAACAGACGUAGCGGCUCGUUGCUUCACUAGUUACACACUGAAUGUAGUUCGCUCCACUUGAAAAUCCGUUCAGGAUUCAGUUCAUUAAUAAAUAAAUAGUUCGGUGUCAUGGCGGAAUCUGCAGCGUGUCCUGCUUUCCAGCUCGGGAAACCCCGAUACGACCAGGGUUCCUUCUUUGGUCGUCUGAGACACUUCAUAGACAUCAUUGACCCCAGCACCCUGUUUGUAUCUGAGAAACGGUUAAAAGAAUGCAUCAAACUUCUUGAUGACUAUAAACAUGACACGCUUCCACCUGGGGUGUCUGAUCUUCAGCUGUGGGAAGCCCAGAAGAUCAAGCAGGCCAUCAUUCAUCCUGACACAGGAGAGAAGAUCUUCAUGCCAUUUCGAAUGUCAGGUUAUGUCCCAUUCGGAACACCAAUUGUCAUUGGCCUUCUCCUCCCAAAUCAGACUGUGGUGUCUACCAUUAUAUGGCAGUGGCUGAACCAGAGUCACAAUGCUUGUGUGAACUAUGCCAACCGCAACGCCACAAAGCCCACACCAACAUCCAAGUUUCUUCAAGGUUAUGUAGGAGCUGUGACCAGUGCUGUCUCCAUUGCAGUGGGACUGAAUGUGCUGAUUCAGAAGGCCAAUAAGCUGAGCCCUGCCACCAGAAUGAUAAUACAGAGAUUUGUCCCUUUCCCAGCUGUAGCCAGUGCAAACAUCUGUAACGUGGGUCUGAUGAGACACAAUGAGCUGUCUGAAGGUAUUGAUGUGCUGGACAGUAAUGGGAAUGUGGUGGGAUCCUCUAAAAUCGCUGCAAGACAUGCAAUCAUGGAGACCGCCUUCACACGUGUGGUCCUCCCGAUGCCGAUCUUUGUCCUGCCCCCCAUCAUCAUGUCCUACCUCGAGAGGCUGAGAUUCCUGCAGAACAACCGCAGAUUGUUGCUGCCCAUCCACAGCCUUGUGUGCCUGGUUACCUUCGGCCUCUCCCUGCCUGUGGCCAUCAGCCUGUUCCCGCAGAUGUCUCAGAUUGAGGUGUCUCGCCUUGAGCCAGAGAUCGCCAUGGCAACAGAUUGCAAGGUGGUGACCUACAACAAGGGUUUAUGAUGGAUGGCACGGUGUAGGAGAGGAGAGGAAAGGGGAGGAAACGAGGAUGGAAAUGAGGCUGCAUUAUGAAUAUCUGUCAGGAGCAGCCUACUGUAGGGUUCCUCCUGUUGACAGGUUUGGGAAUUAUCUGCUGCACUAUCAUAGCAGAGCCUGUAGAUCAUCGUGUACUAAUCCAGGGUUUCUAAACCUUUUUUUAAAAACACUUCUAAUGAUCCUAGCAAUUACUGAGUCAUAGUUUCUUCUGAUCUUGAAAAUGGGACAGAUUUUUUGUCCUUGAUGUUUUCAAGAACAAGGAAGCAGCUCUGUAUAUAGAAAUUAUUAUAUAUUUACUGUAAAAUUAUUUUUUAGCAUUAAUGAGAUUAUUUUAAUAUAUACAAUACAGUGUUUCCCACCAAUGCAUGGUAAUGGCUGCUCAAGUAUAUUUUGAGACAGUUUAACAAUGAAAAUGUUCUUAAAUGCAGUUUAAAUCUGCAGUAACUGACUUUGUCCACUAGUGGGCAGUGGAAACAAACUGUAAACAAAAUAUUGACAGAUCUUGUAAUGAACUUUGUUUUGGCUGCCUACUGGAUUGAAGUUUUUUUUUUCUUUUUUUUUCUUUUUUUACUUGCUAAAUGCUCCGCUGUGUUCACCAACCAGUCACCAACUUUGUCUGUCAUUUACUGCUGAGCAGGCAGAGCACAGUGGGUUUAUCUGAGCUUUUUAGCUGAAAACCUCUGCUAAACUGCAGCCAAAAACAAUGCUGUUAAAAGCAGUGAGACUGAGCAAAAAGUUGUUGGCUAGAAAACAAAAAACAGUGAGGUGAAAAAGGCUAUCAACCUCUCUAGAGCAGAGGUGAACUGCAGAUUUGGGUGAUGUGAAUCUUUUCACAUACAAGAAACUGUGUAAUCCACUGUAAAUAUAUUGAUCUUUGCUGCUUUAAUACCAUCCAUAAGGCUUAGCUUAGCUAGAGCAUCAGACUUGCCCCAAAGAACAGUGCAUGUACACACAUGAUGAUGAUAAUGAUAUGUCAGCCAACUUUAACUUUUACCUACAUUAAGUAUUCUUCAUCCGGGCCCUUUUAAAAUAUGACACUAAUGAAAUGUGGCCAAGACAUGUGCUAAGUGGUACAAUGUACAGUUGAGAAACAAACCUGUUGUUUAGAAACUAGCAAGAGUAAUGGAGACAGUGUCCCUAAAUUAUCUUUGGCCUUUUCGUACUGCAAUUUCUUGUGACUAUCAGUCAUUAAAAAUAUUAAUGGUGAUAUAUCUGCAAUAAGCUAAUACGGGUUGAUAAACUGUAUCUGUGAGAAACUCUGCACUAAUAAGGCUGCAGUGCUGAUAUAUUCUGAUUCUGUAUAAUGAGAAACACUCUGAUGAGGGAAUUAAUCACUAUGAAACAAUGAAGUCCGUCUGGCAGUGGCUGUGUUGUACAUGUCUAUGGGAACAUGGGGAGACUGUACUGUAGAUGUAUAUUACCUUACAUCUUUUUAAACACAUAAUGACAGGUGUAGUGUAUUUUAACCCAAAUAAUGUGAAAAAAAAAUCAACAUACUAUUGACUGCAUUUUUUCCUACAGUAGCCAAACUGUAUAUUAACUUUCCUUCCUGACUUGUAUUAUGGGCAUUUUACUCCACUAUUGACUGUUGGUUAAACCACUGUUGUAUUCCUAAUGAAUUUCUUCUUUUGUACAAUAUUUUAAACCCAAAAGUAUAACCUAUAGAUUAUACUUCUGAUGGUUAAGUAGUAUUUUUAAUUCUUUGUAUAAUACUUUUACUGCUACGACAGGUUUAUUAAAUGUUUGCUAGUCAAACAAUGUGAAACAUUUAUCUAUAUUAUUUAAGAAUAUAUAAUAAAUGCUCUUUCUCCAUUUA